ACCCACGAUGCCUUUUGUGCUCCAUUCACUCAUUGGCCUUUGAAAAAGUAAACAUCAUCUCAUUCCCAGAUUAUCCAUAAUCAUCCCAUUUACUGAGCUCCCAUGUGUCUCGUGGACACAGACACAUGGAACCUGUCCCCUGUUUGUCCUCGAAGCUGACAAAUUUUUCCAUGACCAGCACUACCAUACAAAAACCACCAUCCCUAAGAAGGAGCUUACCUUGUGAAGGUGGCCUGAUGUUGAUUCAUGCUUCCAUGGGCUUCCUAGUAAGAUGAAAGGAAGAAAUGUUUUUUUAUUUUUUUAUUUUGGGGGGGAAAUUCAUGAGUGUCUGAACAGAGUUUUCCAACAGAUAAGGAUUCUGUAGGAGCUCUGUAUUAUCAGAACCAUGGUAUCAACUGGAAUUCUCCGGAUAAUGGUGUUGAUCGGAUGUAUCGGAUUUAUGAUGAACAUCUUGGAUGCUAGGUCUCGCCAGAUUCUUGUCGAUACUGAUCUCGACAUCGAUGACAUUUUAGCUCUCUUUUAUUUGUUGAAACAGAACAGGAGUGAAUUUGACUUACAGGCAAUUACUAUUAAUGCAAAUGGAUGGAGUGAUGCUGGGCAUGCAGUCAAUCAUUUAUAUGAUAUCCUUUUCAUGAUGAAUCGCGACGAUAUUCCAGUGGGGGUGGGUGGUGAAGGUGGUAUUUCGCUAAAUGGGGUUAUUAUGCCAGAAGUUGGCGGUUAUCUUCCUAUUAUUGACCAGGGAAUGUCAACAGAGGGAGGGUGCCGGUAUAGACAAGCGAUCCCGCUGGGUCUAAGGGGACGGUUGGAUAUUAACACAAAUUACGGCAUAAGAAAGGGGUUCCUUCCUAAGGUAGCCAAAGUUAAUGAGGGCCACAGGACAUAUAUUCCUCUCAAGCAAGCUAGUGCGCAGCAAGUGAUGAAAGAUGCGAUAUCUUCAGGUCCUAUCACGGUAUUUCUGAUGGGAACACAUACCAAUUUUGCGCUUUUUCUCAUGACCAAUCCUCAUCUGAAGAGAAAUGUCGAGCACAUAUAUGCCAUGGGUGGUGCUAUUAGGUCCACUUGCCCGAAAGUCAGUGACCCUUCUCAACAAGCUGCCUGUGCUAACAUUGGCAACUUGUUUCCUCGAGAUAGUAAUCCGUAUGCGGAGUUCAACUUUUUUGGAGAUCCUUUUGCUGCAUAUGAGGUACUUCAUUCGGGAAUUCCAGUCACGCUCGUUCCUCUCGACGCAACGAGAACCAUUCCUGUUGAUAAGAACUUCUUCCAGGCAUUCGAAAGGAGUCAAGAUACAUAUGAGGCACAUUAUUGUUUCCAAUCGUUGAAAAUGGUUCGCGAUACUUGGUUCAGUGACCGUUUUCAUGAGAACUAUUACAUGUGGGACUCAUUCAUGGUUGGAGUGGCCAUAUCUAAUAUGCGAAAUCAGCAAAACUUGGAAGAAGAAAAUGCAUUUGCUGAGAUGGAGUACAUAAACAUCACGGUUGUUACUUCGAACAAGCCUUAUGGAGUUUCAGAUGGCUCCAAUCCCUUCUUUGAUGGGCUUACUGUCCCAAAGUUCAGACUAAGGAACAAUGGAGUGCAUAGUGGUCAUGUUCAGAUGGGAAUGCAAGAUCCAUUUUGCGAAGCAGAGAAUAAAGGGACAUGUCAGGAUGGUUACACAGAGGAGGCAACUGGUCCAGAAGCAGUGCGUGUUCUUGUCGCGACGAAAGCUAAGCCAAGCCAAGACACCAAAAGCUCACUGAACAAAGAGUUCUACGAAAGCUUCUUGAAUGUUUUAAACAAUCCCGAACAAAGUGGAAGGUUCAACAUCACGACACAGUUCCCUCACUACAGGGAAAUUAUGCUUAAGCCAGACAGUGAUAUGAGGUCCACCGGAAAACCUGUUGUCUUCGACAUGGAUAUGAGUGCCGGAGAUUUUCUAUCUCUUUUGUACCUUUUGAAAGUGCCGAGGGAACUUAUCAACCUUAAGGGCAUAAUAGCGGGUUCAACUGGCUGGGCUACCGCUGCAACAGUUGACAUUGUUUAUGAUGUUUUGCACAUGAUGGGUCGGGAUGAUAUUCCGGUUGGUCUUGGAGAUGCAUUUGCACAUGAACAGACAGAUCCAACUUUUCCUGCUAUAGGGGACUGCAAGUACAGAAAGGCAAUUCCUCAUGGUGGCGGCGGCUUCUUAGAUGCCGACACGCUCUACGGAUUGUCUCAUGAUUUGCCUAAUAGUCCUAGAAGAUACACGGCAGAAAAUUCGAUGAGGUUUGGAGCUCCUCGAAAUACUGAUCACCCUGAAUUUAGACAGCCUCUUGCAGUUGAUGUCUGGAAAUCUGUUGUCAAAUCACUAGACCCAGCCGCCAAAAUUACCAUAUUGAGCAAUGGACCCUUAACAAACUUGGCCUCAAUCAUUCAUUUGAAAAACUCAAGCUCGGUGAUCCAGGAUAUAUAUGUUGUUGGGGGACAUGUUGGCGAUGGCAAUGAAAGAGGAAAUCUCUUUACUGUACCUUGUAACAAAUUUGCAGAAUUCAACAUGUUUCUUGAUCCUCUAGCUGCAAAGGCCGUUUUCGCCUCGGGGCUUAACAUAACACUCAUUCCACUCGGUAUGCAAAGGAGGGUCAGUUCCUUCCCAAUGAUAUUAAACAAAUUACAAGUUGCGAACAGGACUCCUGAAGCUUCAUUGGCCCAUCAUUUGCUUGCGACUCUGUGGAAGUUGCAGCAGAAACAUAACAUAUAUCAUCAUAUGGAUUUAUUCUUGGGGGAAACUCUGGGAGCAGUGACAUUAGCCAGCAACAUUUCUCACUUAAAUAGGACUUUCGAGUUCAAGCCUCUCAACAUCUUGGCCGAUGGAGACGAAUCAAAAAUCGGAGAAAUUAUCAUCGACGAAAAGCGAGGAAAACCAGUGAAGAUUUUGAGAAGCAUUGACGAGGAGGCCUACUAUGAGCAUUUUGCGGAAGUACUGGGUAAUGAAAGACAGUCCGCUGUACCGGGGAGCUAUGGUGAGCCACAAAGAGCAGAUACUGAAUCCCAGGCAGGAGUGUCAACAGUCAUGAGGGAAGUCAGUAAUCUCUUGCCCUUAGAAUUAGGAUUGAUUCUGUUUUCUCUUUGUUUACACAUGAUGGUCUGCAUAAGAAUUAGACAACAGUAGAGUACGUGGACGGCAUGUUGGCCAAUAUUCACGAAUAGGAAGAGCGAAAAGUUUAAGAGUUGUUGCACUUGUCGGCGAAAAGCCAUGUUGUGAAGACAGUUUAAACUUUGGAGAUGUUGAAGUUUUAACUAUAAAUUGUCAAUGUAGGAUGAA